AUGGCUGCCCAGGUAUCCUCACUUGAUGUAAUGAAAUCUGCAGCAAGGAAGUUCAUUGAUUUUGUGAACAAUGGCCCUUCACCUUAUCAUGUUGUCAAUGAGUGCAGAAAGGUGUUAUCAGCAGCAGGAUUUAAAGAGCUCAAGGAAAAAGAGCAUUGGGAUAUCAAGCCUUCUGAUAAGUAUUUUGUGACCAGAAACCAGUCAACAGUCAUUGCAUUUGCUGUUGGUGGAAAGUAUGUUCCUGGAAAUGGUUUCAGCAUUGUAGGAGCUCAUACUGAUAGCCCCUGUCUCAAGGUGAAGCCAAAUUCAAAGAAGAGCAGCAACGGAUAUCAACAAGUUGGGGUGGAAUGUUAUGGAGGAGGAAUCUGGGCCACUUGGUUUGACAGGGAUUUGAAAUUGGCUGGCAGAAUUAUGAUUAAGAAAGGUGAUAAAUUGCAGCACCAUUUAGUUCACAUUGACAGACCAAUCAUGCGUAUUCCACAUCUGGCAAUUCAUCUGCAGCGUGACAUCAAUGACAAGUUCUCACCAAAUAAAGAAACUCACAUAGCACCUAUUUUAUCAACUUGUGUAUAUGAAAGUUUGGUGAAUAAUUCAGCCAUUGAAGAUGACAUCAGUGACACAGAACCCAAGGAAAAAAAAUGUAGGAGCAAUUCUCAUCAGUCAACUCUAAUCAAACUCUUAACAGAGGAGUUGAAAUGUGAACAAGAACAAAUCAUGGACUUUGACUUGCACCUGGCUGACAGCCAGCCUGCUACUUUUGGUGGUGCACUGGAAGAGUUUAUUUUUUCACCAAGAUUGGACAACCAAGUCAGCUGUUUUUGUGCUUUACAGGGCCUUAUUCAAUCUCUGGAAGGUCCAUCUUUGGCAUCAGAUCCCAACAUCCGAAUAAUAACUUUGUAUGACAAUGAAGAGGUUGGUUCUGGGAGUGCCCAAGGAGCAGAGUCAAUGCUCACAGAGCACAUUCUGCGUCGUUUGUCAGCAGGUGGGAGAGCUACAAGUUUUGAAGAAGCAAUUCCUAAGUCAUUUCUUCUCAGUGCUGACCAAGCCCAUGCAGUGCAUCCAAACUAUUCAGAAAAACAUGAAGAGAACCAUAAACCUGCUCUCCACAAGGGUCCAGUAAUUAAAAUUAACAGUAACCAACGAUAUGCAACAACAGCCCUGUCCUCAAGCAUUUUAAGGGUGAUUGCAGAGAAGAGUGAAGUUCCACUGCAGGAAGUGUGUGUGCGAAAUGAUUCUCCAUGUGGAACCACUAUAGGCCCCAUCCUGUCUGCCAAGCUUGGUUUAUUAACCUUAGACCUUGGCGGUCCCCAGCUAGCUAUGCACUCCAUCCGAGAAAUGUGCUGCUCCUCUAUUGUACAUCAAGAGACACUGCUAUUCAAGAGUUUCUUUGAGACACUUCCAACAGUACUGGAUUCCGUAGUAGGAGCUGACUAAAGUCAAGCCAAUGGCAUUCCUGAGCUUCUUUUGCUUGAAUCCUUUCUCUGCUUCAAUGAUUUUUUGCUUGAAAAGAAAUGUAGGUUCAACUCAGCAAAGCAUACAAGACACUUUGUCAAAAGAAAAGGGACAUAAUCCGAACAUAAUCAAUGAGAAAAUCUUGUAACAAGAAGAGGGGUUGAAGACGGAAGCACUGAAUUCCGUAGUAGGAGCUGACUAAAGUCAAGCCAAUGACAUUCCUGAGCUUCUUUUGCUUGAAUCCUUUCUCUCCUUCAACGAUUUUUGCUGAGAACCAUUAUAGGUUCAACUCAGCAAAACAAACAAGACAGUCAUAAGAAAAGGGACAAAAUCCGAGCACAAUCAACGAAAAAAUCUUGUAACAAGAGGAGGGGUUGAAGACGGAAGCACGUAAACAAGAGAUACUUUACAAACAGAGUACUCUGAGAACUUUCUCAUUUAUUGAAUUGUCUAUUAUAAUCAGGCAGGACAUGUACAGGCAUAGAAGGGUGGUUCUUGGAGCUGUGUCCCUUGUUUUGCAUUUACAACUUCUAAAAUAAGAAUGACGAAAAGCACGUGACAAGCACGCAGAAAUUAGCACGCUAAGCACAAUAAAUUUUUGCAUUACUCUUCUCAUUCAAUCCAGCUGCUGAAUUUCUACCGACAAAGUUUCUUGAAACUGUAAGUAUAUAU